UGUUAUGACACCUAUUUUGUAACAGGGUAAACAGGGGUGAUAUUUGUUUGUCCACACUUAAUCUGGAAAACCACGGGAAGCACUUGUCCAGAGCCACAGCUGCACAUUCAGCUCCGUAAAUGUUUCCAGCCUGUAGAUAUUCCCUCCAAGCACGGAGGUGUAUACAUGCACUAAAGGCGGUUCAAGCGGAGCAUGUCGCACCUCAGUUGUACUCCUCACGGUGUUCCUCCUCAUCUGUGCCACGAAUUACCACUCAUUACACAGUGUACCCCAGAGAUAAGGACCCACGAUGGGAAGGGGUGGAAAUGGAACGCUUCGCUGACGAGGCAGACGUUGUCAUUGUUGGUGGCGGUCCAGCCGGCCUGUCAGCAGCCAUUCGGCUGAAGCAGCUGGCCAAUCAGCACGAGAAAGAGCUGCGGGUUUGUGUAGUGGAGAAGGCGUCUCAGAUCGGAGCGCACACGUUGUCUGGAGCCUGUCUAGAGGUCACUUCACUCAAUGAGCUUAUUCCAGACUGGAAGGAGAGAGGGGCACCACUGAACACUCCAGUUACAGAAGACAAAUUUUCCAUUUUGACAGAAAAAUACCGCAUUCCUGUUCCAAUAUUACCAGGACUUCCAAUGAAUAACCAUGGAAACUACUUAGUUCGUCUGGGGCAUUUUGUACGCUGGCUUGGGGAGCAGGCAGAGGAGCUGGGAGUGGAGCUGUAUCCAGGCUAUGCUGCAUCUGAGGUGCUGUUUCAUGAGGAUGGAAGUGUGAAAGGAAUUGCAACCAAUGAUGUUGGCAUUUCUAAAGAUGGGUCUCCAAAGGAUGUGUUUGAGAGAGGCAUGGAGCUCCACGCUAAGGUCACUCUGUUUGGGGAAGGCUGCCACGGGCACCUGGCCAAGCAACUCUACAAGCAGUUCAAUCUCAGGGAGAACUGUGAGCCCCAGACAUACGCUAUUGGACUCAAAGAGCUUUGGGUUAUUGAUGAGAAGAAGUGGCACCCAGGACGGACGGAGCACACGGUUGGCUGGCCUCUGAACAGGAACACAUAUGGAGGCUCCUUCCUGUACCACCUCAAUGAGGGAGAACCACUGGUGGCCCUGGGCUUUGUUGUAGGUUUGGACUACAGUAAUCCCUACCUGAGCCCGUUCAGGGAAUUCCAGCGUUGGAAACAUCACCCCUUGAUAAUGUCUACCCUGGAGGGUGGCAACAGGAUAGCAUAUGGAGCCAGAGCCCUUAAUGAAGGAGGUUUCCAGUCGAUUCCUAAACUGACCUUCCCAGGCGGCAUGCUGAUAGGGUGCAGUCCGGGCUUCAUGAACGUGCCCAAGAUCAAAGGCACACACACGGCCAUGAAGAGUGGCAUGUUGGCAGCCGAGACAGCCUUCAUGAAAAUCACAGAUGAGAAUCUGCAGUCGGAAACAGCAGGUCUCUAUAUUCCUGAAUAUGAGGAAGCUUUUAAAAAGUCCUGGAUCUGGAAGGAGUUGUAUUCUGUGAGGAACAUCAGACCAUCUUUCCAUAAUUACUUUGGACUCUACGGAGGAAUGGUAUACACAGGAAUCUUCUACUGGAUUUUUAGAGGAAAAGAACCAUGGACUCUGAAGCAUAAUGGUCUGGACUGUGAUCAGCUGAAGCCGGCUAAGAACUGUACACCCAUUGAGUACCCAAAGCCUGAUGGGAAGAUCAGCUUUGAUCUGUUGUCAUCUGUAGCCUUGAGUGGGACUAAUCAUGAGCAUGACCAGCCAGCCCAUCUGACGCUCAAAAACGACAGUGUUCCUGUGGCCCAAAACCUUGCGAUUUACGACGGUCCCGAGCAAAGGUUCUGUCCGGCUGGUGUGUACGAGUAUGUUCCUCUUGAGACGGGCGAUGGCAUGAGAUUACAGAUUAACGCACAGAACUGCGUCCACUGCAAGACCUGCGAUAUAAAAGACCCCAGCCAGAACAUCAACUGGGUUGUGCCUGAGGGCAGCGGGGGACCAGCAUAUAACGGCAUGUGAUUUCAGCAUUACAUAUUUUUAUUAUCAUCAUUACUGGGGAACAUUGCACAGGUUCAUAAUCAAUGCUUUUAAAGACUUGAGAGUCCUUCUGAUGUGCCUAAGGGACAGAAUGUCCUCGUAUCCUGUGAUAUGAGCUUGAAGUGUAAUUACAUAAAGUGGCUUUGCAUAUUUCAGGUUUGAUCAAAUUGUAUGAAUUUUACAUAUAACAUCUGUCUAAGGAAUGUGUCAUAAAAGACAAAGGAUCGUGUUGGAUUGACAACCAAAGGGACGUUUUAGGUCACCAUGAUCCAGUUAACUGUAAACUGACAGUUUUGUAUAUAUUAUCAAAGUUGGAAAACUAACUGGUAGA